AUGCUGUUCUUCAAGACAUUGAGCACACUUGUGCUUGGGCUUUCAUCUGUCGUUUCUGCUGCAACGUAUACCAACCCAAUCAAGGCGAAAGAUGGCUCGGAUCCACACAUUGCGUACUCCGGUGGCUACUACUACCUCAUGACGACUACGUGGACGAAUUUGCAGAUCACUCGUGCCACUACUAUCAACGGCUUGAAGUCGGGUGAGACGAAGGUGGUGUACACCCAAAGCUCCGGAUCGCGGUCUGGAAACAUCUGGGCUCCUGAGUUACAUUACCUUGACAAUGCUUGGUACAUCUACUUCACUGCUGGUGAUGGCAAGGACUUGGGCACGCAGCGUCCGCAUGUGCUGAAGGGCGGGGCCUCUCCCUGGGACUCAUUCAGCUUUCUUUCUACGCUCUCUAGCACAUGGGGCAUCGACGGCACUAUCCUCCGCUUCAGCAGCUGGGGUAACUACUUCGUCUACUCCUGCUUCCUCAACGGCUCUCCCCAAUCCCUUUGCAUCUCUAAGCUCAACUCGCCUGGCUCUAUCGGCUCUCCAAAGCUCCUUUCUCAGCCGACUCUGUCCUGGGAGACCGUAGGUAACCCAGUCAACGAGGGCCCGGCGGCAAUGUACCACGACGGCAAGACCUACCUCACCUACUCUGCAUCCGACUGCUGGACUACAUCCUACUCUCUCGGCCUGCUCACGUGGAAUGGUUCCGGUGACCCCAGUCUUGCGGCUAGCUGGAGCAAGAGCGGACCGCUUCUUACGAGCGCGAAUGGCAAUUACGGGACGGGUCACAAUGGGUUCUUCCAGAGUCCCGAUGGCACUGAGAUCUGGAAUGUGUACCAUGCGACAGCCAACAGUGCUGGAGCUUGCGAUGGCAACAGGUACACAAUGGUCAACAAAGUCAACUGGAACAGCAACGGGACGCCGAACUUCGGCACGCCGGCUAAGCUGGGCACUUCGUUCACUGGGCCUUCUGGCGAGUAA